UUGCGUGUGUUUAGAAUUUGUGACGUUCCGUGAAUUUUAUCUAAUAAAUCGGGACAAAUUGCAGCAUUUUCAGCCGAAAACUAUCUAAAAGUGUGCCUGAUAGGUCAUGGAACCGUUUGCAUGUUUUAUGGACGUGGAGAACUCUCGGUCAUAUAUCGAUGAGUUGUACUCGGAGGAUACGUGCAAGUGUCAAGAAGCCAUCGUCUGUUUGAAGAAUGCUGUUAUAGGGUCCAACAAGAAAAAGGGUUCCGUAAUUUCGCAGGGCAUCGUUCCCAGAUUGAUUGCACUGCUGCGGGAGGAAACAAAAGCUCCUAGUUUACGCUUGGAUGCCGCUAUCGUAAUCGGCUCGCUAGCAAAAGGAACGGAAUCGCAAGUGCAUUCGUUGAUUUACUAUGAAACCGUCCAGGUACUGCUGGGAAUCGUGGUGAACCCUAACACGGAACGACGACUGAUGGAGACGUGUUUGGGAGCGUUAAAAACUAUCCUGCAAUACCCGUUUGCACCAAUCGAACUGUUGCACUCUAACAUUGGAAACCUGGUUCGAUUAAUUCAUCUUGCUUCUCCGGACAGUUCGAUACAGUGCCAGGUUUACGUUGCAAACAUCUUUGUACCACUCUGCCACUCGUCGCACCAGCAGAAAAACUUGUGCCAGGCCAACGUGAUUCCAUUUCUUGCACGUUUAAUGAUAAGUCAGCUAACUAUCCUUCAAGUACCUGCCCUCAAGUGUCUCGCUGCGAUGUGCUUCACUAACAAGUACGUGUCGGACAUUGUGUGCAUGACCUGUCACGAGAAUCGCUCGAUAUUGGACAUCCUGACGGAACUACUGUCGCGAACACAAGACGUUCAAAUUCAGCUAUCUGCAAGCCGCUGUCUGACGUAUCUGCACCGUUCCGGUUCUUUGCGAGCUGAUGACUAUAGGAUUGUGUAUAAAACCUUACCGAGCUUGGCAAGGUUGUGUUCUGAAGAUUUUGACGAAGACACUCGAGCAACAGCAGCGGAAACAUUGGCAUAUUUAGCUGAAAUUGAUUCAGAGCUACAAAGGUUGGCAGCCAUUAGUAAUCAUUUGAUUUGUUCAUUGGCAAGUCUUAUCCGGUGUCCAUCGCCCCUAUCGCGACAGGGUGCUUUUCGUUGUUUCGCUUCUCUUGCCGCUAAUGACGAGGAUAUUCGCAAACGGAUUAUUGAAAUGGACGGCUUAAUGGAGGAAGUCUUGAAUGGUCUUAAAGAUACAUGUCCAGAGGUGCGGCUUUCUGCGGUUCGUUGUCUACAUUCACUGUCACGGUCAGUGCAAUUGCUGAGAACAACUUUUCAAGAUCACUCGGUGUGGCGUCCGUUGAUGGAUCUGUUAGUUGGUGAGCCAUCGCUCGAACUGUUAACUGUAGUGACUUCGACUAUCUGUAAUUUGCUGUUGGAAUUCUCACCGGCAAAGGAGCCAAUGCUGGAAUCGGGCGCCGUAGAGAUGUUGUGCGAACUGACAAAGCACAGCGAUCCGGCGCUUCGAUUAAAUGGAAGUUGGGCACUAAUGAAUAUGGCUUUUCAGGCCGAACAGCACGUUAAAUCAAAAAUAAUCAAUACAUUAGGCACUGACCGGAUAUUCCAAUUACUAGGCGAUUCCGAUGAGCGUGUUAUCAUGAAAACUCUGGGACUGCUGCGGAAUCUCCUGAGCAAUACUCUGCACAUCGAAAUAAUUAUGUCAGAACAUGCGUCUGAAGUCUUACGAGCGGUCAAUCUUGUUCUCGAUGGACCACAUCCGGCCGAAGUAAAGGAACAAGCGUUAAUAAUUAUUAGCAACAUUACAGCAGGAGCACGUGACAAAGACUACGUACUGGAAGACGAAAAUAUCCUGAAAAAGAUCAGAGAGUUUCUAGUCGUGUCUGAUAAUAAACUUCAGAUGGGUGCUGUGUUUGUAGUUCGCAACCUUAUGGACAAAAGCGGUAGACAGAAAAUGCUGCGUGAAUCGGGUAUCUUGGAGAACCUGGAACAACUUCUGCACAUGACACCCCGAGAUUCUCAGUUUUACGAAGACAUACGGCAGGAGAUUUUAAGGUUUGACUUCUCGGACGAACACUGAGUUUCUUCUACUGUGUCUGGUCAGCAACGCCACACAGCUACCCCACCAUUACCAGCGUCGCAUGGAUCCCUUGUUAAUCAUUGAACAUGAAUGUGGUUGAUUGAAUGUAUUGUCCUAUAAAGCUGCCAUUCCAGCCACGUGCUAUCUCUCACGACACUCGGUAUAUCGCUUACGGUAGGACGGUUCUAGUUAGAGAUCUUUGAAAAAGUCGAUGCGAAAUGCUGUUUCGUUUUUGAAAGCCGAACGAUCAAAGUUGAUCGAUUUGCUACGUAAGACAUACCGAUUGGCAGCAACACUUGUUAAGUUUAUUCUAAUUUUAUUAUUUAUUUAGUGUUUGAGAGAAAUGACAAAAUGCGGCUGAACGAGAGUGGUAUCAGAUAUAAUAGCGUUGAAAGUUUUUGUUUGUUUUCAUUAAAUAUCGUAAAUCAAUUUCGUCACUGAAUUCUAUUCAAAUUAUGCUCUCUCGUUAUCAGUGCAUUAUAUGCGUGCGAGAAAAAAAAUUGUAUGUAAAUAAAUGAAACCAUAAACUGUAUAUAUUUCAUGAAUUCAAUGUAUUUCCUAAACCUAGACUGGCAAAACAAACAUUAAGGGUUUUUGAUACAAAAACAACGUACUGAAGCAAGUGUGAAUGAGAAGCGGAAUGCAAUAUUUAAGAGUUUCGCAUACCUAAAUUACAUGCAAGAUAUUCAUUGAACAUGCAAACUCUUCCAAUUAUAUUAAAGGUACGACGUUAAAAGGCAUUUAGUAGGUGAGAAUGUUUUUUAGUUGAGCAGACUGUGAGAAAGCCAAAAUCAUCUAGGAUAACGAAACGAUAACUAUUUCAGUGCGCUCUAGCUUGUAAGGUUCAGAAAAUUCUUACUAAAAGCUAGGUCACCUUUAAUUAAUAGGAAAAAGCUAGAAGCGAACAGUGUAUAUAUUCAAAAUUGUUAACUAUUUAGUUGGCGAAGCUAAGUAAAUAUUUCUCGCGCAAAAUUCUAUGAAAUACUGGUUCCACAGCGAUCAAAACUACUUGAGACCCAGGGAGAUCUGAAAUAAA